CACCAAUCGUCUUCUUCCUCUGUUUAGCUUUCCCUUUCAUUUUUCCUUUCCUUGCCUUGCCUUCCCAUUUCCAUCUGCCUUCUUUCCUUCUUCCCCUUUCCGUUGGUUUCUCUCCUUCUUAUCUUCAAUCUCGCUUGGUUUCUGUUUUUAGAUUCAUAAAUAGGUUGGUUUUGGGUGGGUUGAUUUGGUCAGUUUACUUUUUUCUUUUUUAAUUUUUUUGGGUCAAUCUGUAAUCUUCUCGUUAACCCUUUUUGAUUGUUAUAAAUAUUAUUACUAUUCUUUCAAUAUUUUUAAGCUUUAAAUCUGGUUUUGUAUUACCCUUUUUAAGGGGUUGGGUGAAUCUGAAGUUUUUUUUUAAAAAAAAUUCCGAUGAGGAGAGGUAGAGGUGCUGCUGCUGCUGCUGCCGCCGCAGCAAACGCCGUUGCUACGAAACCGGCACUACUACCCAGCGGAUCUAUUAAAGAACCGAGAUACAGAGGUGUUAGGAAAAGACCAUGGGGCAGAUUUGCGGCCGAGAUUCGAGACCCUUGGAAGAAGACCAGAGUGUGGUUAGGGACCUUCGACUCAGCGGAGGAUGCUGCUAGGGCUUACGAUGCGGCGGCGAGGUCACUCCGUGGACCCAAAGCGAAAACAAAUUUCCCCUUAAAUUCAUCAAAUCUCCCGGCUUUUCCUUUCGACACGAAUCAUCAUAACAACAACGGGUUCAUCGACCAGCACCGGUUAUAUACGAUGGGUAAUUUUCAUGAGCACGAAGUGAAUCCGCAGAGACCGACGAGGAGUGGCAUGAGUAGCACGGUGGAGUCGUUUAGUGGACCGAGACCGGCUCAACCACCGCAGCAGAAAUCGACUGAUUUUGCGGUGGUUUCAGCUAGGAAGUACCAUCCAAGGACGCCGCCGGUGGUGCCGGAGGAUUGUCAAAGUGACUGUGAUUCAUCGUCAUCGGUUGUCGACGACGGAGAUAUCGCCUUGUCUUCGUGCAGGAAAACUUUUUCUUUCGAUCUCAACUUUCCGCCGUUGGAUGAAGAUGAUGAUCUCCAGUGUACCGCUCUAUGUCUCUGAACACGGUGAUAGUGAUUAAAUGACCACUGCGUCGGUGGUCAAUUAUUAAAUCUUCUCUUUUUUAAAAAUUUAGCUCUUUUUAAGCCGGGGAAAGAAGGGAAAAAACAUGAGACAUGGUUAAGAUGAAAUGGUCUUAAUCUCUACGAGUAUGAACUUUGAACCCUUUGAUUUUUAUCAAAUGAUGAUAUCUUUGUUGUU